AUGAAAAAUUAUGGAAAAAUUAAUAUUGAAAAAAUUUAUUAUAUUUUAGAAUUAUCAUUCAAAACCUUUCACUCAAAAAAACACAAACACAAACAUUUUCUUUCCUUGAUAAUAAAUUCGAACGAUUAUCCACGCUGUUCCAAUGUGCUAUAAAUGCAUACAAAUAUCCUUUAAAGUAAAUUUACUUAACAACCUUUUAUUAAGUGAAAAUCAUCUCUCCUAAUUGGGAGAAUUAUCAGGGUAUUAUUGUGUAAAGGACAUCCACUAAAGAAUGCUUCAGCAUCCUGUUGGCUAGAGAAUAUUAAUUGAUAAACCAAGAGUUACACCUGAAACAUUCAAAAUUGAAGAAUUGUUAAAAUUGAACGAAAAUACUUUGGGUAGCAUUCAUCUUAAAUAUAAAGUUAUCAAUAU